AUGUCUUCAUAUCCCAAAACAAUUGUUUGUCUCCAUCUAUCUCUUAAUGUUUGUACUUGUCUCGGUGACACACAAAUUGUCGAGAAACAAAAACGUGUCCAACAAGAAACCAAUGUUUCAACAACAAACAGCACGUGCACUACUGUUGGGACAAGUUCUGAUUGUUCAACCAAUGUUGGUGAUUCAUGGAUGAUCAAGAAGGUGCUGACAAAGAGUGAUCUUGACGACAAUUGCAGACUUUUGUUGAAUAAAGAUUUGGCUAAGAAAUGGGUGGUUCCUAUGGUGGAUAAAGCUAAAGCUGAAAACGAAGGUGAUGAAGUCGAAGUGUUUGAUGUCGACACUGGCUUUCCUGUUUCUCUUACUUUCAAGAUACGACCUUCAAAUGACAGUCAUGUCUUCAACAAUACAUGGAUUACAGAUUUUGUAGACAGGAGAAGCUUAAAGAAAGGAGAUGAAAUUGGUCUCAAAUGGAAUGAAGAGAAGAAAAGAUUUGAUUUUUCUGUUCUUCAUCGAUCUGAUGAUAAUUAG